AUGACUGCUCUAAAAGCACUUAUUUUGAUGUGGAAGAUUAAAGACGAUGUCGUAGUCGAACAAUAUGCGGCCAAUCGAGCUGACAAACUUCGGCAGAUUUCCUACUUGAAAACCUUGUUCCCCAUUCAAGGCGGAGUCAUUAAAGACGAUGUCGUAGCUGAACAAUAUGCGGCCAAUCGAGCUGACAAACUUCGGCAGAUUUCCUACUUGAAAACCUUGUCCCCCAUUCAAGGUGGAGUCGUAAGGGCUACUGGUCUGCAGAUGCCAUUCGCUUUGCUCGUAUAA